CGACAAUUGAUGUAACCGUGCUAUCGCGAUUCGUACGAGCUCCAAGGUAACGUGCACCAUGAACUAAGUACUGCUGAUCGUCAUCUAGUGCGGGUAGGACUUAGUGCUUGCGAUUCGCAGCGCCAAUGCGUGAGGUCAGGAACAAUGCGUUUCGGUCUAUUGCAUGAGAGACUUUUGGAUAUAACCAGGCUUCUAUCUCCACCAACAGUAGCAACCGAAAGACUUGUUGGAGUUCCGACAUUGCCGUACCAUCUGCUGGAUUAUGGUUUCACCUUUGCUGCUGACUUAACAGAAGCAGCGGGCAGGAAGAUUCCCAUUUCCGAAGCGUCUCAAGGAUCUCCUAGUGAAGUGUUUCUGACACUGAGUAGUCCGAAGGCUUUCCACGAUGCAGCGGGUCGUCCGACAUCAGAAGGCUAUACGUUGCAUGUUAACACACACACUAUUACGAUAGUUGGAGCAAGCCCACUUGGAAUAUGGUGGGAACAAGAUGCCCCAGGAUGGAAGACGCGCGGUAUCUUGUUGGAUGCCGGUCGACACUACCACCCUCCGCAAUUUCUGAUCGAGACCUGUGCGUACCUGUCAUUCUUCAAGCAGAACAUGCUUCAUCUGCACCUGAGCGAUAACAUGCUCAAUCUUUCCCCUCCAACCUCGAAGUCACAACUCUAUGAUAGCUAUGCUGCUUUUCGGCUAAGCUCAAACGAUCCUCAGCUCGCGGGUCUAGCAAAGCCAUCGAACGAGACCUAUACAAAAGACCAGUUCGACCUCAUACAACGCCGCUGUGCUGCUCGUGGCGUCACUAUCAUACUAGAACUUGAGGCUUCAGCACAUGCGCUUCCAAUCGUCGUACAUAUCGGAGCUGACGAGUAUUCGAGUUCUUCCUUCACUGAUAGUCAAGUCGUCUCGGACUACACACGUCUUGUUAAUGAGCUAUCCUUGAUGAUCAAGAGGCUCUCGGGCAAAUCUGUCCGUCUCUGGGGUACCUUUCCACCUUCUCGCGGCGCUGUUAUCGAUAAAUCCAUUUCCAUCCAACAUUGGACCUUCAACGAGACCAAUCCCAUGUUCGACUUGAUUGCGAACGGGUACCAGGUUCUUAACUCAGAUGAAAUGUUCUAUUUAGUCGGCAAAAUACAAGUCGUUUAUGGCAUCACGGUAAACCUAACACGGGUGUUCCAUGGCUUGCCGAACGCUUCCAAUAACACUCCAAGGGACAACAGUGCACUCUUGGGACGUAUAGCCGCACUUUGGAACGACUUUGGUCCCAACGCGACUACCUACUCUGAAGCUUAUUAUACCUUACGAGACGGACUUCCGACACUGGCGGACAAACAAUGGGGUGGGUCUCUUUUGCAAAAUGAAUACGAGUCCGUCUUGCCCAUCCUACCAGCAAACAUUCCAGGCCAGAACCUUGAUAGAAAGAUCGCAUCUGUUACUUGCGAGUUCUCCAACUUUAACUUCACCUACGCGCAAGCUCUCGGCCCUCAAAAGAACGAAUGGACGACCAUCAAGGACAAGUCUGGAAACACUUACGACGCCAUUACAAAUUGUCGACUGAACGAUGCAUUAGUGCUCGAGCGAGGUUGCGUAUUAGAUACGCCUCUCUGUUCCAAGGGUCGAAAUUUUACUCUGACAUUCGCCGUCAAGAUGUCCUCUAUCGCGGGGUGGCUGGUUUUCACCGGUGCAGAUAGCCAUUCGCGCCUUGAAAAAGACAAAACUACGCUUGUUUCAGGCGGGAACGAAUAUUUUGUGAACUACAGCUUCUCCGUUGGAGUUUGGACACAGGCGAGCUUGAUAAGAGCAGGUGAGCGGACACUGUUGAAGGUGGAUAACGGAUCGACGUACGAGUUUUUGGCCGAUGUUGGUCUGUAUGGGGUACAGAAAAGAACAGCACCUAUAGCCAUUGAGGCACCCUUGGCAUGUAUUGGAGGUGGGAGUGGUAGUGGACAAAUACACAGUCUAGUACUCAAUACCAACAUCGCGUAG